GCAUUUACCCAGUUUCGACCAUAAGAUCCCUGGUGUCACCUGUGUAAACAAAAACAGCUAAAGUCAUUUCAGUAUAAACAGUUUAAACUACACAAAAGCUAAGUAAUUAGAAUUGGAGAGAUAACGCCGAGCGAACUGUUAGCUAACUCCCGUUAAUGUAGUUAACGCUGACUGGUUGCGUACACUGUUGGCUGCGUUUGCUAAACUAUGCUAACAUCACUGUCUGUUUCUUGAUAAGGCAAGGUUAACAAAAGUCGUAAAACAUCCAACUAUGGACAGUAAUCUCGAAACACCAUACGAAGAGGAGGAUGAGUUUAUUGAAUGCACGGUCUGUGAUAAAUCCAUAAGGGGUGAAACCCUAUACAAGAUACACCUGACUACACCAGGACAUAUAAAGAAAGAGGAUGCCAUUGUUGCUUCUGGACGCGCUGUCAGAAAGCACCACAUACCGAUAUUUGAGGACAUUGUACAAUAUCUGGAUUACAUGAAGCUUGAUGAGCCCAUCAUUGGCUUAAACUUUUUGGAUGAACUGCCUUGUAGUGACCCGCAGUCAGGCCCGAGAUACGCGUGUAGGCUGUGUAAUCAGAACGCAAACCUCUCUGAAACGGUCCGUCAUGUGAUUGGACGUAAACACCGGCAGAGAUAUGUGGAAAUGAAACGGCCAGACUUGGUGACCUGGACUAAACAAUCCAUAAUAACCCACGGAGGAAAGAUCAUACGAGCCAAAGCGGAGAUAGUAGAGAGACAGGAUGGACAAGGAUGUCCAACGAAAUUGCAGAAAAGGGGGAUAGAGGGCAGAUUAAACAUCUCAAGAGAUCCCCAAAGACAGAAACAAUAUCGGGACCAAAACAUCUCACAGAAUUUUACUCAACGAGAUGUGCCGCCACUCCUACCAGAACUUAAGAACUAUCGGAAAAAGACCUUUCACCCACGGAGGUAUCCCCCAGGUGACCCAUAUACAACCCCUUUCCAUCCCGAAGACUCUUACAUGUUGAACAGAGACCGACCGAUGUACCAGCAGGAGGACGCUCUCAGCUUUGACCGCGUGGAAGAUGAGCUGCAGAGGGCUGAUUACAGGGAAAAUGAUUUAAGCAGACGAGAGUAUAUGGAGCCUGAUUAUCGUAAGGAGUAUGAAGACAAAUUCGUAGAAGAUCCACAGAGAAGAGUUGUACUCGAGCCAGACGGUGUUUCCAAGUAUGAUUCAAGGGAGGAGUUGCCCCGAGGCCCAGAAGAUUUUUACCCAGAAGAGGCUUCUCCUUACAGAAGGUCCUACCCUGACAGAGAUCAACUGAAGGAGUUCUACUCUGAGGAAGUCAGGCGUGGCCGAUUUCACUAUGACAAGUACCAGCCCUCGCAGCUGAUGUACCCAAAAGACGAUGAGCAACGACGGUCACUGAACAGAGAAACGGAUAGACAUGACAGUAUGUAUAGAGCAGGCAUGCAGGGGUCGAGUGAACCAGAGGCCAAGAGGAGGAGCUUUCCCACACCUGUGGAGAGUGAGCGACCGCGUGACCAUCUGUUUGUUACAACCAGAGAUUACUGUCAUGGAAUGAGAGAACCACAUCUAUUGGAGGCAGACGCUGACCCUGGGCCAAGAAGAUGCGGACCCCCGACCUCACAGAGACAAGUGGAAGUUACCAGGGCCAUGUCUGACAUCCCAGAGCCCUUCAGACGUUUCCUGAAAGGGGCCUCUAAUGGCGAGGAACACGGUAAAAGAAAAAGGAAGAGUCGCUUCUCCGAUGCCACUGCAGAGGAGGUGGAAACCACAAAGGAGAUGUUCAGUGAUGAAUAUGGACCCCCAAAUCUAAAGUUUGGCCGUCAUCCUAGAUCUGAAGUCCAAGGACCACAACAUCCUGACCUCUACACUCAAUCACAAAGCUUGCCUCAUACUGAAAGCUACCAAAGAGGAGACUCUGAUUCGAGGGGUGUCUUUGAUAUGCUGAAAAACAUUGAGAUUGAAAAUGCAGAAGAGGCUGAUUUCUUGAAGAGCGAACUUUGCAACCUUCUGAGAGAAUUCAAGUCCAAAAAAUCAGAGAAAGCUCAAAAUAGCCAAGGUCGAGCAGCCAUCCCCAAAGACUACAACAGCUUAAAUUCAGACCCAGAGCUGUCUCCAAGACACCAGUAUGACCAGUACAAGCAGUAUGACCAGUUUGACACAACUCUUAGACAAGAUUUUGACCAUAGACGACCAGAAGACCGCUACUUCAAAGAAGAUCACAGAGGAAGAAGCUGGCAGCAGCAUGAGCAUCGGCCUGACGAGAGAAAUACCCCCAUCCAAGAAUACCAGUAUCCCGUACGUGAGGAAGUCAGACAGUCAAACAGAAACCGCUAUGAAGAUGUUUUCAGACGGCCUGGGAUGUCUCGGAUGCCACUUGCCAAAAAUUUAGAUGAGCCAGAACAUAAUCCUGAAAGGUUUCAAGAACCCAUGCACCCUCGGGACAACCGACCUGCCGCUGAUGAGCUCUUUGACUUGCACACUCCUGCACCUCCAUUCCACAUGGAAAGAGGGCCCAGGAUGAACAGGGGCCCUCAGUACUCAAACAACCUGGAUAAAAUCACCUCCACACUCCUGGAAUUUGUGACAAGGAAAUAAUCAUCUGAAGUUCUGUAAACUAAACACUUAUACAUUUAAUGAGAGAAUGUUUUCUAAUGUUAUUUGCUUUAGACAUUUUGUGUGAUUUGUGAAGGCAUAAAACAUAAAAACAUUUGUUGACUGCA